GGGCUCGGUCUCCACGUGGGUUCGGUAGAGAAACGCCGGACUGGUGAUCAUGGCGGGAUCCGAGGCCCCGCAGCCGCAGAAGCGCUACUAUCGGCAACGUGCUCACUCCAACCCCAUGGCGGACCAUACGCUGCGCUACCCUGUGAAGCCAGAGGAAAUGGAUUGGUCUGAACUAUAUCCAGAGUUCUUCACCCCGCUGACUCAAAAUCAGAGCCAUGAUGAUCCAAAAGCUAAAGAAAAGAGAUCUCAGACCCAAGUGGAGUUUGCAGACAUAGGCUGUGGCUAUGGUGGCCUGUUAGUGGAAUUGUCACCGCUAUUCCCAGACACACUGAUUCUGGGUCUGGAGAUCCGGGUAAAGGUCUCAGACUAUGUACAGGACCGGAUUCGAGCCCUACGAGCAGCUCCUGGAGGUGGCUUCCAGAACAUCGCCUGUCUCCGUAGCAAUGCCAUGAAACACCUUCCUAACUUCUUCUGCAAGGGCCAGCUGACAAAGAUGUUCUUCCUCUUCCCUGACCCACAUUUCAAGCGGACGAAGCACAAGUGGAGAAUCAUCAGUCCCACAUUGCUAGCAGAAUAUGCCUACGUGCUGAGAGUUGGGGGGCUGGUAUAUACUAUAACUGAUGUGUUGGAGCUACAUGAAUGGAUGUGUACCCAUUUUGAAGAGCACCCCCUGUUUGAGCGUGUGCCUCUGGAAGAACUGAGUGAAGACCCCAUUGUGGGACAUUUGGGCACCUCAACCGAGGAGGGAAAGAAAGUUCUACGCAAUGGAGGAAAGAAUUUCCCCGCCAUCUUCCGAAGAAUACAGGAUCCCACCCUCAUAGUGGUGACCCCCAGUCCUACCCUUCCUGGUUACUGACUGCUUACCUCACUUUAUCUGGACUCCAUCUUCCAGUAACUAGAAAGAUCAACCACCUGGACCUUCCCAACUGAGACUGCUGGGACUUAGAGGCAAAACUCCCUCAAAGAAGUUGAGGGACUACUCAGGGCCGAACCCUGGUUUUCACAACUACCCUUUUCUUCUCUCACUUUCCUGCCCCUCCAUUGCCAGCGGAAAGUAGAAAAUGACUGGGAAGAUCAGAAGACCUUGGACCAGAAGGGAUGUUUGGGAGGG